AUGUCAAACUUAAAAGAGGAAGAUGUUCAAGACGAAGAAAUGAUAAGGCAGAGAACAUUGAACAUGAGGAAGCGGGUUGAGGAAAUAAUAAAAAAUGGAGCUACAUUAGUACGGGAAUCUAAUGGACUUCCGAAGGCUGGAGCUGACUUUGAGCUCUACAAUUCAUUUCCAACAUUCAACGCGUUCAUGAAACGAUCUGAGGAGCGUUUAAACGCAUUAAUGGGAAAAGUUACAAAUUCAAUCGGUUGUGCAAUGAGGGUUCCAGAUGUCGGUGCGAGCGUGGAGCACUACACGGAAUGCGUGAUUGAGGCUCAAGACAACAUAGCAGAGCGAGUUGCCACUCUUCACGAAGCACUUAAGAAAGCUGAAAAAGAUGAAAUAGUUAAAGUUCCGGAGUUCAUCACGAAAGCAGGUCCAACAAACAAUAAAACUGAAGCUGAAAUAUCAGAGGCAAUGAAGACAUUCUCGGCUAACAUUGGUACUGUAUUGGCUGCAAAGUUCAGAGAGAGAAGAGAAGAGGCUGCUCAGAUGAUUGUUCAUGAAAAGCCACAGAAGACAUAUAACAUCAUUGCGGACAACUCGGUGGCUCCAUUCGUAUCCAGAUUGACCGUGAAGCAUCACGCCAUUGAGAAAAGAAGCGGGAUUGUUGUAGUGGACGACGAUGAAUCAGGAAGAAUAGGUUGGACAAACGCCGAAGCAGAAACAGAAGAGGAGCAUCCAUACAUCGCUGAAAUUUUGAAUUUCAAACUUCCUGAGUCCCAACUGGAAUCCGCGGAGCCAAAAAAGUUCAAUGCGUUGAAAAACACUCAAUUGACAAUGGUGGACACAAAGGAAAAGUUAGAAGCUCUGAAAGACACAUUGAAUAGUGUGACGGAGUUUUCUGUCGAUUUGGAACAUCAUGAAAUGCGAACAUAUCUCGGGCUCACUUGUCUUAUCCAAAUAUCUACAAGAGACGAGGACUUCAUUAUUGAUCCAUUUCCUAUGUGGGAUUGUAUCGGAAUUCUCAACGAACCGUUCACUAACCCGAAAAUUCUCAAAGUUUUUCAUGGAGCUGACAAUGACGUACUGUGGUUGCAGCGGGAUUUUGGAAUCCACAUUGUCAACUUAUUCGAUACUUAUGUUGCAAUGAAAAAGCUAAAGUAUCCGAAAUUCAGUCUUGCUUACCUCGCUUUCCGUUUCGCUGACGUUGUUCUAGACAAGCAAUAUCAAUUGGCGGAUUGGAGAGCAAGACCUCUCAGAAAUGCGAUGAUUAACUAUGCCAGAGAAGACACUCAUUAUUUACUCUACUCUUAUGAUAUGCUUCGGGAACAGCUUCUGAAACAAGACAAAAAGGAUUUGAAUGUUGUGUACUCCGAAUGCAAUGAUCUAUGUGUUCGAGUGUACAAGAAACCCGUUUUCAAACCGAAAGGAUAUCUGACGGAUCUCAAACUUCGUUUCACCUUCAACAGUCGACAGGAUCAUGCUCUCACUAGUCUUUACAAAUGGAGAGAUGUUGUUGCCCGGCAAGAAGAUGAGAGUCCUCAGUUUGUUCUUCCAAAUCACAUGCUCUUAGCUCUGGCGGAACAACUUCCGAGAGAUGUUGGAGGAAUUUACGCUUGUUGCAAUCCACUUCCGCAUUUCGUGAAAAAACUUGCUGGACAAAUUCUCAAAAUCAUUGUUGAAGCAAGAGAAGUGAAACUGGAGAAAGUGAAAGUAACUGCUAAAGAGAAUAAUGAUGCACAAGAGGCGAGAGGUGUGAUGAACGAUUCCAUGGAUCACAUCACAUCGAUUCUGAAAUCGAAGAUUGAUUUUACACACACAAAAUUCGAUGAAGAACGUGGAGAAAUUCAUAUAGACAAAACUAAAGAGAGCAGUGAUGUUUUGGGAAAAGACGAACUGCAGUCACUGAUAUCCGUCCUUCAGUCAUCAUCGAUUCCUAGUACAGAAGCGAUGGUUGUGGUUGAGAAAGGGAAAAAGGGUGAUGUUAAGAAAAUCAAGAAAUUAGUAGAAGAGCUCGACAAAUUUGUAACACCCUUCGAAUGCUAUCAGAUGAUGAUGAUUACAAAACAAAAACAAGAAGAAGAGGAAAGAAAAGAAGCAGAAAGAAAACGACUAGAAGAAGGUGACAAACCGAAGACUUUGUUUUCUCAUCAUGAUGCGGUUGUUGUCAGGAAGCCACAGUUUGAUUCAAAGCUUCUGAAUGUCGACACCGUGAAAGUUGGAGAUUCGGAUGACACGCAGCAGCAGAGAGACUCAACGAUGGAACAAGACAAGGAGCCACCAGUUUUCGAUCCUUCUCGUUUCUCAGACGAUCAACUUAUGUCAAAGAAAGCUAUGAAACGAAAGAGAGAACAUGCCAAAAGAAACAUAGAUGUAUCUGUAGUUCUUGGAGAAUCGUCUAGUUCUGAUCCGAAGAAGCAAAAAACUGAUGCCGAACUCGAGGAGUUUAACUAUGAAGAAGCGGAUAGUAGUGCUUUCGAAAAACCAGUCAAAGAUAACAACGCCGAGUUUGAUCCUUUCCAUCAAAAAUACCGUUUGAAGAACAAGUCAAAGACGAAUAAGUCGAUGAAAAAGUCAUCGAAUCGUUCGGGAACAAUCAACUACAAGAAAUGA